CUUCCCUGAGCCUCCAUCAUCUGCAGGGAGGGAAAAAAACACACACACACAGCCUCCCACAUACACACACACGCACACUGUGCUGAGAGCUAGCAAGGGGCUUUAAACAGCUUCACACAAAAUAAGAGACAAAGGGACUGUAACCUGCCACAAUGGAGGAAAACAUGGAUGAAUCGCAAAGCCAGAAAGGCUGUAAGGAGUGCUGUGAGCGAUGUGUGGGCAGCCUGCCCUGGGCCUCUCUCAUUGCCACUAUCCUCCUCUACAUGGGCGUGGCCUUGUUCUGUGGGUGUGGCCACGAGGCUUUGAGCGGCACCGUCACCAUUCUCCAGAACUACUUUGAAGUCAUCAGAGCCCCGGGAGAAACCCUGGAUGUGUUCACCAUUAUCGACAUCCUGAAGUACAUCAUCUACGGCCUUGCAGCUGGAUUCUUUGUGUUUGGAGUGCUGCUGCUGGUGGAGGGCUUUUUCACCACUGGAGCCAUUAGGGAUCUCUAUGGAGAGUUUAAGAUCACUGCCUGCGGACGCUGCCUGACUGCAUUCCUGAUGUUCCUCGCCUACCUGUUCUUCCUGGUGUGGCUCGGAGUGACGGCAUUCACCAGCCUGCCGGUCUUCAUGUACUUCAACGUUUGGUCCAUGUGUAAGAACAUCAGCUUGGUGGAGGGAGCCAACCUCUGCCUGGACCUGCGUCAGUUUGGAGCCGUUACAAUCUCUGAGGAGAGGAAGGUGUGUACAGGAUCUGAGAAGUUCUUCAAGAUGUGUGAAUCCAAUGAGCUGGACUUGACCUUCCAUCUGUUCGUGUGCGCACUGGCAGGAGCAGGAGCUGCUGUCAUCGCCAUGGUCCACUUUCUGAUGGCCCUAGCUGCUAACUGGGGCUACCUGAAGGAUGCCAGCCGAAUGCAGAAGUACGAGGACAUCAAGUCGAAGGAGGAGCAGGAGCUGCAUGACAUCCACUCUACACGCUCCAAAGAACGCCUCAAUGCCUACACAUAAACACACACCUAUGAGAAACGACACAUACACACUUAACCUGUAAGACACACACAAGAUGAUACAUGCACACAAACGCACUCACACACACACACACACACACACACACACACACACACACACACACACACACACACACAGGGCCUGAGACAACCCUGAGGAUAGUAGAAACAUACAGUAUACAUAUACAUGAGUAAAAAAACAACAUACAUUCAAAGACGAGUAGGCAGAAAUGAAUAACAAUAAAAUGAUUAAAACACAGACACCACCAUCAUUCUCGUGUCCGCAGCAGAUCACUGGCUCAGGUGCUCUGUGCUAACACUUUAGCAUCCACUAUGUUGGUUUGCUCCAUACAUACUUUUAUUAACCCAGACAUUUGCUUUUGAGUGAAAGGAAACCUUUAGCUUUAGCCUCACCAGAAGAUGUGGUUAAAUACAUGAAAUAGUUCCAAAAGAAGACAUUUGGCUAUAUAAACUUUAGUAAUAUAAACAUGUAAAUGUUCUAGGGCCGGCCUCAGCCUUUUCGAGGCCUUAAGCGCUCCAUCCACUUCAACCCCCCUGUUCCCCGGAGUGUGACUGUGCAGAACAAUCAACUACAACUGACCUAAAAUCACAGAAAGAAACGUUAGAACAUAAAAGUUACAAAAAAAUUUGUGAAACAAAAAAAAAAAAACGAACAAGAUAACACUUUAAGAAAUACCAAAAAACAAAUAAUGAACAUAAGAACCCAAAGAAAUGUCUUUGCAUGUUUGUGGCCCCAUCUGAUUACUCUGUUUUUCCAGUUUUAUCCUUUAAAAUAGCAAAUAUUUAUUUUGUGAUUUACUUUUGCCAUUACACGUCAUGCUAAUCUGCUGUAUGGAUAUCAUCACGGCUAACUACUACGAGCUGUUAGCACUGCACACUGAAGCCAACAAUCUACAGCAGACACAUGAGUGAGUUUGGUGUCUGUGAGCUCAUUAUUUAAUGUGGGGGGGCCGUCCAACAGGACAACGUCACUGUAACCCCCUGUCCAAAAAGCCUCAAUACCUGCAGCACACACUCAGACACUCACUCACACACACACACACACACACACACACACACACACACACACACACACAUACACACACAUAGAUGUGGCUGAAUGGUCGGUGUUGUGCAGGCAGUGUUGUAUGGUGGUGUCAUGCUGUGUCGUGUCGUUUCGCCACAUUAUGAUGACUGGUAUUGCAGAGAAAUAUGGUCCCCGAGGAAAUUUGUACCUCCCGGGUGCAAAUGGGUAGCUUUGCUAACUUUCCCCUCCCCUCUCCUCCCCUCUCUUUCCCUCUCCUUUUUCCACCAGCCCUGCCCCUCCUCUUUCUCUACUCUGUGACCUCUUCAUCUCAAGCCCAGUUUCAUUAGUUGUUCCACGUAUUCUUGUUACAAAUAUCGACCGGUGUGUCCCACAAGUGGCCAUUUGCAGGGCGGGGUGGGGGGGUGGGUUGAAAUUAAAUGCAGGCCUAAUAGUUUAUUGUUAUAAUAAUAAUAAUGAAAGCAUAUAUAUUGAUUGAUAAAAUAUGCAGAUAAAUUGAAGUCAUAAAUUCUUCUUUUCCAAAUUGCCCUAACGUUAUUUUUAAUGUAUAUCACAUGACGGGCUCUCUUGAACUUUCAGAUUAAAAGCACUUAAAAUGGCGGUGGGGAUUUCAAAGAGGCCAUUUAAAACAACUUGUGAAACAGGGCUUUGUGUCCCUCCCUUUCCAUCCCCAGAUUGUAUAAACUUGUGAUUUGUCCUCAGAAACAGCACAUCUUAGCAGCACAAAGUCUUUUUAACGUGUGUCAUGUUCUCAUCAGUCUGACAAAUAAUGUUUUUUCUCACUUUUUGGAAUUUUUGACACAUUUUUAUCAGUAUUAUUUAUGUGUAAUUUUAGCAUUGGGGGUUAUUUAAAUGGGGAAGGCGUGUGUGUGGGGGGGGAGGGGGAGGGGGUUGUAUCACUUUCACAUUCUAAUGUAAUGAUUAUGUAUUACAGUGGUUCUGCACACACACAAACACACACAAACACACAUACACAUGCGUAUACACCAAUCAUCUCGAGAGCAUUGGUUCUCGCGUCGUCAUUGUUUUGUUUUUUUCUUUCAGCGAGCCCUAAUGUGACCAAAACUACCAUUUAAAUUGCUAAUAGUCAGCUCGCCAUUGGCGACAUGAACAGAUGGUUACUGUGAAUUCUGGGCGGCCUCACUGAGGGUUGUAGGUUAUUUUUGGCCUAAGCAGGAUGUGCUUCAAGAUGGAAGAUCCGUUCCCCUGAAAGCAUUUUGAGGUGUGGAUAUUUGUAACAUCUCAGGAGGAGUUUCGGUUGUGCGGCGCUUGAAACGGAUGGGUGAGAUGGGAAUUUAAACCGGUCUGGAUGUGCUGAAGGAAGCAGGAGAGAACGCACCAUUAGUGGCUGCAGGGAUUGAUCGGAGGAGUAUUAUUGGGAGAGAAGACCAUAAUGAAUGAUGUCCCAGCUAAUAAGCUCAUUGUUUAGGAAUGAUUUGCUUUACUGGAUAGGUUUGUGGUUUUAAAGGAUGUUCCCAGCUUAUAUUUGGUGUCUUUAUUAUCUCCUCAGGUGCUUCAAUAUUAGGAUGCAACUUUCUUGUAGUUUAAAAAAAGAUGAGAAAGGUUCUACCUGUUGCUAUGUUUUUUUAAGAGGCCGAUUAGACUAGUUAAAAUGUGAAAAAUCAGAGUGGUAACAACUUCAAACCUGACUUUAUUUUGCUAUAAUCUAAUGCAGUGUAUACAGCACUUGUGUGCAGGGCUUUUCUGUUUGUAUUCUAUGUUCUGUUGGGCCAGCCAUUAGAAUAAGAGGAUUGUAUGUCACGUCCUGGUUGUAGCUGUGAAGGAAUGCGAUGAUUCUCUAUCUGCCAGUAGAGAUGACCGAGAGAGGAUUCAGUUCCUCCUGACAGUGAAGAUGGUGGCGAGGAUGGUGGUGAUGAAGGGUUCGAUUUGAUGAGACUACCAGCACACACACACGCACACACACACACACACACACACACGCGCACACACACUCCACCACCGCCAUCACUCUGAGCCAUAACUCUUUGCUCUUUUACUUUUCACCAAUAACAUUUCACUAUUUUAUUAUCAACUUUAAAUCUUUGAAACUUUUUAAAUGUGAAAUCAUUUAAUUAGAAAAAAAGGAAAUGUGUUUCUUUUUCUUUUAUUUUCUCGUGUGGGCAGUAUUAAGCACUGUUCCUGCAUUAACUCUGUAUAAAGAUAUACAUAUAUGUGAAACAGUUGAGGUGAGCAGCCGGGAGAAUGAUUUCCUAUUGGUUACAGAGUCUGGAGGAGGUGGUUCAGUCCCAAUGUCCUGAGCUUUUACUCCCUAAGAGAGCUGCAUUAACACACACAUGAAAGAUAUGAUGUCUUUGUAUCAAACUGCUUAUCCAAAAUUUAAAAAAAAACAAUUAUGUGCCACAAAUUUUGCUUGUCUGCGAGAUGAUUUUCACAUGGUACUGUAGUGGAUAUACUGGCUGGUUUAAAGGCAGUAUAAACAAGUCUAAAACUAAUUGUGUACUGUGGAAAAGGUUUGGCAGUCCACAAGAGGUUAAUUGCAGUAAAAGUGGUAAAACAAAAACACCUAUAUAGUAAAGAGGCAAUGGUCACAAAUUAACAACCAUGAGCGAAUCAGAGCAGUGUCAAACAACAUAUGUUAAAGCUGCAGUAGGUAACUUUUAUAAAAAGGAUUUUCUGUCAUAUUUGCUGAAACGUUCUCUAUAUCCUGACAGUAGUACAUGAGACAGAUAAUUUGUGAAAAAAUCAGGUUCCUCUGACUCCUCCUAGUGCUCCUAAUGGCAUUUGCAAGAAACCACCGGGCCUGAACGAAAACAACCAAUCAGAGCCGAGAAAGAUUGAGUUGAUUGUUGAGUCUCAUUCUGUCUUAAGUGGCCAACUAAAAUCGUUUGUAUUUGACGGCCUGGCAAUGAGCCUCCACAAUCAACUUUCUUUCUCGUACAAAUGCCGUACACACAGGAGUCAGAGGAACCUGUUUUUUUCACAGAUGAUCUGUCUCAAGUUCUACUGUCAGGAUAUAGUUAAAGUUUCAGCAAAUAUGAAAAAAAGUUAUUUUUAUAGAAUUGACCUACUGCAGCUUUAAGCAGAGCAGAGACCAGAAUUAAUUCCAAACUGACUGAGACAGCCAGUCGGCAAAACAUGGAGUGUCCAUACAGGCACUAACGUUGUGCUUGUUUGGGGAUUUCAAGCCAACAAUUUCUUCCAGGAGUUUGAAUCUGGUUUUGUGUGUCAUGUAAAUGCAGCUGAAUUUGACCAAAAAAAAUUAAAAACCUUCCAUCAGUGUCGAUGACGGGAGACUCCACCGGACUCGUGUCCUGUUCAGGUGUGUCUCGGCUGCAUACAGUCAGUAUUUUUAAGGGUCUAGUUUUACAGUAACAGUAUUUUAUCAUUUCAUUGCCUGACAAUGGAUGUCUUGUCAGUGUUUUUAACCUCAGAUAAAAGAAAAAAAUAGUUUUUUGUGCACUUAUUGACCAUUGUGAGCUCUCUCUCUUAUUCUUGGUGUGUAAGUGCAUUGAGAUCCCGAUUGUGGGACCUGUGUAUAGUCUUGCAGCAUUGGUUAUAACCUGAAGAAAUAACAAUGAUGAAAACGAAUGAAUUCAUAAUAAUGAAGAUAAUCUUAUACUAGGUUAAAAAAAAAAAGAAAAAAAAGACAGUGAAUCUAGUUGUUGUUUGUGGCAUGGUUAUGCAUUCAAUGGUCAUAAUUUUAAUGAUUAAAACAAUACAAAAAAAGUAAUUCUUUUCCACUGGCGCUGUUCUGCUGUUUUUGUUUUGUUUUCAACUUCUCAGUGUGCAGUAUUGCGGUUCCUGUUGCUAAUGGUGUUGCUAAGCUAGCUUGCUUGCUCAGUUGUUUACCACCAGAGCAAUAUAUUGUAGCAGUUUGACGAAAUCAAGACAUAAACAAGAAAUCCAUACCCGUAAGUUUCUGGCAUACAAGUGCAUGAAUCUAUGAUUGCAAGUCUUAAGUGAUAUGAUCAUGGUGUUCUUUAUUGUUUAUCCUAAUAAAGCGGAUUUGCAGAUGUGGUGUAAUGUAUUGCUCUGGCCACCCAUUAUCCUGCACCCACCUCCGCUCACAUCCUCCUCCUCCUCCUCCUCCUCCUCCUCCUCAUUUGGGGCCAUUUAGGCUGCAGUCGCACCACAGCUCAGGAUGUCCAAUUCAUAUUUGAAUUCAAAAGUGACUCAUGUCUGAUUUCCUGUGUGCUAGAAACAAUCUGCAUGUGUACAGGAGAGUCACUGUUGCAUAAGUAAAGCUCUGUGUAACCAAGCAACAAGCACAGUCUGCCCAGCUCACACUGCCAAAUCACCAUCUGUAAUGGAUGCUAACAAGGCAAACUAAUACUUCAGGCUACUUCCAAGGCAUAUUUAGAGCUGCCCAAUCACAUUUGAAGGUGAAGAAGAAUGCCUGUGGGCCGCAGUGACUGAAUACUGGGAGAUCCACAUGUGGAUACAGUCCAAAAUAUGUAGUUUUUCACUUGAGCAAAAAUGUAAAAUUGGGUCAUCUGUGCCAGGUGGUGUAAAUGUAGCUUAAAUGAAACCAAAGCAACUAAAAUCUGAUAUUUACUGCUUCGACAGCCGUGAGAAGAUCCGGCUGCUGCUGCAGUCAGGAGGAGGAUGAGAGCGGCUGCUCUCCAUUUGAUUAAGUCUCCUCAUUUACUCUCAAACCCACGUCUCCUUGUAAAGAUGAAUAUGUGUAUUGCCACGUGCUAAUCCUGCGUUCUUCUUGUCUACCCACUGACCACAGCUGAACAUGGACUCACUUUACCAUUCCACGAUCCGCACGCAUUCGUGACAGGAUUCCGAAAACUGGCCGUGUCAGUGUUAAUAAAGCAUGAAUUUCAAUGACAUGAAAUCUGAUUUCUGACCCUCUGUGAGAAAGAUUUGAUCUGUUUUUGACUGUUUUUGCAGCUAUAAAACCUCAGUUCUGUACCACAGGAUGAAAAAUCAGAUCCUCUGUGCCUGAACAAAUUCAGCUCUUGUCCAUCAUGAACUGAACCCCAGAUCUAAAAGCUGAUGUCAGUCUGUGACCUCCAACUGAUCAUCACAUGUUUCAGAUCCAUGCAUUAUGUCAGGUUGGACAUUUUGGACGUUGGGAGUAGUUAUUUUUUUCUGUUUCUCCAUCAGUAUUCUAGACUUUUUGUACUUCACUCUGGUUGCUUAGUAGCAGGCUUUAUCUGAUUCACUCCUCCAUUUUUGUACAUAUCUGUGCCAACAGCUUGGGCAGACAGUGGCUUUUUUAUUUGUAAAGACAUAAACUUGCUUGCAUAUAUAAAUAAAAUGAAAUAAUACACUUGUGUACUUGUUAAUAAGGGAA